AUGUCGAGCACAAUUUCGUCUUAUGUGCCAGAUCAGGAACCGUUUAAAAAUUAUCUUGAUCGUUUAAGGGCUCAGUUGUCAGUGUUAAAAGUGAAAGACGAUCAACGCCAAAAGUACCUCAUUACGUUUAUAGGUUCAGAAGCCUACAGUCAAUUGAAAAACGCAUGUUUACCGUGUCAUCCCUCAGAAAAGACUUUUGAAGAACUAGUCACAUAUUUGGACGCGAUAUAUUCGCCACGGCGUUUAGUGGUGAGUGACCGUUUUAAAUUUAAUCAGUGCUGUCAAAGUCCGGGGGAAUCGGUACAAGAUUUUAUCACUACGUUAAAAAAGUUAGCAAGUCACUGUGAAUUUGACACAUUUUUGGAUGAUGCACUUCGCGACAGACUAAUUGUAGGUCUAGCGGAUGAAGCAUGUCAAAGAAAAUUGCUGGGUGAGUCAUCACUAACUUUUCAGAAAGCAUGUGAAAAAGCUUUGGACUCAGAAUUAGUGAAAAAUCAGUCCAACCAUAUAAAAAAUAAAUCUCAAGUAAAUUGGAUCGCAAAAAAUUACAAAAAUAAACCACAGUCAAAGUCAGAUCAGUUAAAGAAAAAUACCAGUGCAGUACCAAGUAGUAGUCAGUCAACCAAUCAAAGCGCCGAGGGGUCAAAACGAGGUAGUCAAUCGUACAGUCAGUCACAACAGAGAUCAAGUAAGGAGUCGAAUCAAUGUUACCGGUGUGGAAGAACUCAUGAUGCUCGUAACUGUCCAGCAAAACAAUGGGAGUGUUUCAAUUGCAAACUAAAAGGACAUGUAUCGGUAAUGUGUAGAAAUAAGAAAAAAAUUAUUAAAUUAGUAGAAAGUGUUAAUAAUAUACAAUGUAUAAAUAGUAUUGAAAGUUUAAAAGUAAAUGAACCACUCAUUAUUGAUUUGCUUGUAAAUGAUCAGUUAAUGACAUUUGAAGUCGAUAGUGGUGCUUCAGUUACUGUAAUACCAAAAGUGAUUUUUGACAGAUAUUUUAGAAAGACUAAAUUAAAAAAAGAAAAAUGUAAUCUGUCAUCAGUAAAUGGGGAAUCUAUAACAGUAGUUGGUCAAUUAAUUGUAAAUGUGAGAUCCUCAAAAAAUGAAAUUAUUAAAUUACCGUUAAUAGUAACAGAAAAUUGUGUAAAAAAGUCACUUUUGGGUCGUUCGUGCGGUUAA